AUGACAUUUCACGAGGUAGUCUCUGAGCGAGACCAAAACGCCCACGUGACCGCGGUGUGCCUUGAAGCAAUUGGUCUCGAUACAAAUGUCAAUUUCUUGACUCUCUCCUUACUGGGGCAAGUUUUGUAUAUUAUUUCCACAGGUUCACCGGGAGAAAAUUCCACAGUCACCCCAGCAAAUUCUUUAGGUGAGGCUAUGGGGCUGUAAAGGGUGAUUCAAUAUUGCACUAGAAUGGAUAAACAAACUAAACCUUAAAGCGUAUCAUGAUUUAUAGCAAUAACACUUUUUUGAGGCAGUGAUAAGUAAAUAAACAAAUCUCCCAUAGGUAUAAUUCAUCAACAGGAAUGAUAUGUUUAGAUAUUCCACACCGUCAGACACUUAUCUGGUACGUUCGUCGUUUUAAAUCGUUACGUGAAAAAACGCCUUUAUUAUAUGCUUCCAUAAAUCAGCUGUUUCUUGAAGUUCAACUGAAAGAUAAUGCACGUAGAAAAGGUAUAAGAAAGUAAUUAGUCCUUGUCUUAAGCUGGAGUUCCCAAGGGAACCAGCACAAAUUCUUUUGCAGGUUAAUCUGUAAGAGUUAGUAGGGGUUACUGAAAUUGAGCCAAGCCUACAAGCAAAGCUCUACUUAAAUCCUAACGAUUACUUUCGGGUUAGGUAAGAACCUGGUGCUGUCGUCCAAUAUUUACUUGGCUGAUCAUUUUUCGUAUUCUAUCGUUAAUUACUACGGAAAGUUGUUAUGUCAACGUAAAAGACAGACCGGACUGGUGCGAGCCCUUGAUCACACUGCCACGAGUAGUAGCACAGAAACCUAUCCGUUUUUAUGGCGAUCUACUUUUAAGAUCGGCGUGGCGCAGCCUUAAGCUCUGUUACAGAUACCGCUUUCAAAUUACCAUUUUAUGUGUGGACAACCAUAUCAGAUGUAUUGCCAGUUUUGUGCUGGCGCGAGGGUGAUCCCGUAAAGCAUAAAGCCUAAAUUAUUACAUUUUCUUCACUCAGCGACUAUUUGCUUCAACGAUGGUAUUGGUGUUGCCGAUAGAAACGUCUUUCCUGAUACACAGAUGUUAAGCUAUUCAGUUGAGAGCGAUAACUCAAGGGCUAGAUAUGGUCGACUUAACCUAACCGAUGGGCAUGGCUGGUGUUCAAGGAACAACUCGGUUGGGUGGCUUCAACUUGACCUGGGGGAAAUAUUUGAAAUUUGCGGUGUUGCCACCCAGGGUGGGACGAGGCCAUCAUACCAGGUUACUACCUUCAAGCUGUUGUAUUCUAACGACACGGAACAAUGGAGAUGGUAUCGGGAUACGAAUGGCUCUAAGAUGGUAAUGCUCCCUAAUUUGAUUUAUUUUGCUGAUAUUUAUACAGGAAUGCCAGUAGUAUCGAAAUAA